AUGUCCAAUGAUUCUGCCAUCCAUCUCUGGCUAUCUCAGCUGCCCGAUUGCAGCAAUAACGACCGAAAGUCCGACAGAGGCCACCUCAAGCGCCCCCGAGAGCUCGAAAUGACAACUCCUCCGCGGACCGGGAGCUUGUCGCCAGGCCCCAAAAAGCGAAAGAUUGACGACGAUAGCAGACCCGGCAGCCACAAAACCGAUCCGGAUCCUGAUGCAACACCGCGAUCGGGUCGAUCCCAACGCCCCGCAAUCACCACCCUCUCAAUGCGAACCACAUUUCCCCCGCCCCCCAGCCUAAGCCAUUCCUCCGCUGCAUCCAUGGCAUCCGACCGCCAAGACAGAAGCUCCAGAGCUCUCUACGCAGGUCAUCCCCCCCCCGGCUCUGUCUACCGGAAGCCGGAGGAAGGAAACGGUCAAGACGGGGUGGGACGGAAUGACGGACUGGAGGAACGCUUUUUCGACUACCUUCCCCUCUCGGCCCUAUUUGCGGGCACUGCAGAGGGCGCCUCGCUGCAAGCACGCAUCGCCCAUGCCGAAUUUUACAAGGUCCGCGGCAUCAAGGACGAUGCAAGGGAGUGCUUGGCUCUCCGUCGCGCCGAGGCGGCGUGGAACGCAAAGGUCCACGGACCACUGUUGGAGCUUGCCUUGUCGAGGCGACACGCGUCCGUCAUAUGCGAGAAUGCAACGUCGGCCCGGAUUCUGUCCUGCUUUCUGCCAAGCCUCAUUACCGGCGAGGUGGCCGAGGGGAAGAUGGUGGACUUCGUGCUAGCGCCUGACCUCGGCUCGGAGUCACAGUUCGAUUCUGCCAUCCAGAAUAAGCUUGUCGAGCUGGCCAAGCCAAUGAAGUCGUCAGGACUCAUUUCAGCCCACCUCUGCGUCAACCAGACCGACUAUCCCCCUCUGAUGCGUUCUCCUGCGGCCGUGACCAUGGAGACCAAGGCUGCAGGGGCGAGUCUCGAGGAGGGACGACUACAGUUAGGCAUAUGGACAGCAGCUUGGCAUAAGCGGAUGGAAACGCUCGGUGUUGGAGGGGGGAAACCAGGCCCGCAGCUCCCCACAUUGCCGCUCAUCCUAACCCACGAUCACGAAUGGUCCCUCUACUUCGCAGUAGAUCGUCUUGACAAGAUCGAUGUCUUCGGCCCUAUGCAAAUCGGCAUGACUGACAACCUUCUAAAUAUCUACCAGCUGCUUACCGUGCUUGGCUUCCUCGGGACUUGGAUCGACACCACUUUUCGCUCCUGGGUCAUCAAUGCCUUUUGUCCCCGGACGUGA